UAUGUUAUAUUCGAUAAUUAUAUCAGCUGAUUUUUGACAAAUUGGAAAGUCAGACGAAUUCGAAAUGUGCGACGCUGUAGACGAAAUGUUGGCGGGUCUUGCCGCAAGACGUCAGACGAUGUCCAGACAGGCUGCCAAGAUAGAUGAGAUAAUGGAGCGCUCCAACAAUACACUUCUUCACAUCGAGUCCAACAACAAGGCUCUGGCUCAAAAUGCCUCCCCUCUGGACUCCCAAAAGGUUUUUAAUGUCCCACCGGAGUGCGAGCUGGCGCUGGUCAAGAUCCUUGAGAACUUUAAGCAACUGGUGCAGAAUAGCGACCACAAAGAAGAGACCUACAGCGCUCUCGAUGGGUGUCUUGCGCACAGGCAUCGAGUGGAACAUCUUGGCAGCUCGGUUCGAAAACUGGUGGCCCUGUGCGACACUGUGGCCCAGAUGAAAGCCUUCCAGGAGGAGCAGGAUGUAGCCGAAGAUUCAUCGUAGUGCAUUUACAUAUAUACUUAUUUUAAAUAUUUAAAGAACGUUUUUAAAAGAUUUUAUUAUACGAGAAAAGCAAAUGAA